AUGUUUAUGCCGAAAAUGAUUGAAAAUAUCCUAGAAUUACAAUGCCAUUAAAAACAUAGCAAACCUAUAAGUGCAAUAAGGCUUGGCUAGUAUAUAUCAAAUGAAAAAAGACUUUACUGUGAAGAAUGUUCCAAACUUAAUGAUAUUUAAAUUAUUCCACUUACCUUGGCUGUUGAAUUGUCAAAGGAUUCUAUUGAAAAAAAAUUGAGAAAAUUUUAGAAUUUAUUUGUUCCUCUUUAUGACUUACUUCUUAAAUUAUAGUCACACAUUUUUGAACUUAAAUCCUAAUUAUUUAAAAAUUUCCAUGAAUUAGAAAUAAUUACCGAAGAUUGGAUAAAUUUUAUUUAAGUUUCUGAAUAGUAAAUAACUAGAUAUAGCUUAUUUGAUGAACUAGAUUAAUUGAUUAUUAAUUAAAAGUAAACUUAAUAUCAAAUAGAUGAAAAAAUUAUAAACGAUUAUAAAAAUGUUAAUCUUUAAUAACUUACUAAAGUUAAUUCAACUUUGGUAUAGUUUAAGGAUUUUACUAAUAAAUUUCGCGAUUGUUUUAAGAUUAUUAUAGAAAUAUCAAAGUAGCAUAAAGAAAGUUAAUUGAAAUCUAAAAUUAAUUUUUAAGAUAAUUAAAGUUUAUCAGAUUAACUUGUUUUUCAAAAAUCUUCUUAUUUCUAAUCUAAAAAAAGUAUACCAAAUGUAACUUCUUUAGAGUUUUCUAAAAAAGUAACAGAAAAUAUGCUAUAAUUUUAAUUUAAACUUUUACAAUAAUCCUUCAAACAAUAAGAAGAAUGUAAUGCUUUUGCUAUAAAUCAUAAUAAUACUAUUCUUUUAGCGGCUUUAAAUAAUUCACCAUUAUUUAGUAUAAAAAUAAUUUAAAUGUCUUAAUAGUAAGAAAAGUAAGAAAACAAAGAUGCAUCAUUAAAUCUAAAAGUAAUUUAAAUAUUAGAAGGCAAUCAUGAUAAUUUUGUGACUACUCUUAAUUUUUUUAGUUCAACUCCUAUGAGAGAUUCUUUCAUUUCUGGUUCAAGUGAUACAACUAUCAUAAUUUGGUCUCCUACUACUAAAUAAAACAAUUUAAAAUUAUUUUGGAAUCCCUUAAUCAAAUUAUUUGGUCAUUAAUCAAUAAUUCUUUGUUUAGUUCUUCACCAUGAAGAAAAUCUUUUCAUUAGUGGUGGUUCUGAUAAUAAAAUCAAAUUUUGGACCUCUUCAAUCUAACAAUAAUGGUUUUGCAAACAGACAGUGGAAGAACACUCGGAUAAAGUAUAUGGGUUAUCUCUAAAUGAUAGUGGAAAUCAACUCAUAUCUUGUGGUAAUGAUAAAUAAAUAUUAGUAAUUUAAAACUCUAAUAAUAAAGAAUGGGAUGUCAAAUAAAAGAUUAAAAUUUUAAAUAUUGGAUUUCGUAUCUCUUUUAUUACUAAUAAAUUAUUUGCGUUUCAGCCAUCAUCAUAAGCUUAUUUGCAUUUCUAUGAGUUGAACUCUUUUGGAGAAUUUGUAAAUACUGAAGGUCUAUAAGUCAAAGGAGUUGAUUAAUGUUGUGAUUGUUUCUUUCCUUCUGUAUAUAUUCCUUUAAAAGGUAUUAUGCUAUUAAAAAAUGGCUAAAAUAUAAAUAUAAUAUAAUUCUCCUUUUUCUCCUAAAAUUGGGGUUGUCAAUUAAUAUAGGCUAUAGAAUUUGAAACUUAAAAAUUUUUAUAGGGAAGAAUCUAUGGGACUAUUAGUGCAGACGGUCAUUUUAUUGUAACUUGGGAUGUUUAAUCCAAGUAGAUUUAGAUCAGAUAACAAAGAAUGAUGAUUUGA